CCUCAGUUUCCGGCGACAUUUCGACCCCGGUCGAUACCGUUAUUCGCGAAAGCGGUGAAGGAGGGGCAAUCGAGGGGCCGUCUUUUGGGGAACGGGAUAAGGCUUUGCGGGCUGGAAAUCCACGGUUUCGAGCAGCCACAGUUGAUCCCCAAGUUGGCGCGAGAGACAGGGAGGCUGGGGGACUCGCUUAUCAGUGCUAUUGCAACAACACUCGUACUUCUCCUGUCGGCCGGGAUCAAGAAUGGGGUGUCGUUUAGCCGGCGGUUGCAUCUGCCGGAAACGCGUCCCUCAUCGGCUUCGAUUGCCAUCAUGUGAUCGGCGGUAUCUCGGUGCUCAGUCAAUUAGAUAAGACAGCGGUGACAACACUCCCCUCCUGAACAGCAACCCUCGUCUUUACUUGUUGUGUGGCCAUUGUGCGCGUCUCUCCAAGUUUCCUGGAAGGGGACACGUAGAAAAAGAGCUGACUACGCCCAUUUCUACUCUAAAUUCCUGGCUCCUGAAUUACCGGCCUCGAUUCUUAAGAAAAAAGAACAUCAGGCGCCAUGGGACGACUCAGCGGGAAAAAUGCCAUCAUUACCGGCGCCGCGGGCGGCAUCGGACUCGAAACCACCAUCCUCUUUGCCCGCGAAGGUGCUUCCGUUCUGAUGGCGGACAUCUCCGAGCCCGCCCUUGAAAAAGCACUCGCCAAAGUAAAGCAACUGGUCCCUAACGCUGUCAAGCUCGAAACCAUCAAAUGCGAUGUGUCGAAAGAGGCCGAUGUUAAAGCCAUGGUAGAGGCGCAGGACUCGUGGGGUGGAUGCGACAUCAUCUUCAAUAAUGCAGGCAUCAUGCAUGCAGACGAUGCGGAUGCCGUCGAUACCCCCGAGAAAAUAUGGGAUCUGACUCAGAAUAUCAAUGUCAAGGGGGUCUGGUACGGAUGCAAGCAUGCAGUUCUCAGCCUGCGCAAGCACAAGAAGAAGAAGGGUAGCAUCAUCAACACCGCCAGUGUCGUAGGGUUGGUUGGAAGUGCAACUCCUCAGUUGGCUUAUACCGCUAGUAAAGGGGCCGUCCUUGCAAUGACGAGGGAGUUAGCAAUCGUCCAUGCUCGUGAGGGAUUUAGAUUCAACUCUCUCUGUCCUGCACCUUUGAACACCCCUCUCCUGCAAGACUGGCUGGGCGAUGACAUUCCCAAGCGCCAGAGACGCGAAAUCCAUUUCCCAACGGGCCGUUUCGGCGAAGCGAUCGAGCAAGCUCAAGCUGUUCUUUUCCUAGCUAGCGACGAGAGCAGUUUCGUAAACGGCACUGAUUUCGUAGUUGAUGGCGGAAUGACCAAGGCAUACGUGACCCCCGAAGGACCCCCAACGUCAGCUCCCAAAAACAACGCGAGCUAAGUACAUCCUACAGGAAGUAAUAAAUAAUACUGCAUGAUAGAUUUCUAGUAAUACAUAGAAUGGAAAUCUCCUUCUUGCAUUGUUAGAACGACUAUCUGCGUGUAAAAAGACAAAUUCUGACAAGCCCGACAAGAAAUUAUUUAUAUAUAUAUAUAUAUAUAUAUAUGUUCAUUUCUUUAUAAACUUUUUUUUUUUUUUUUUUUUUUUUUUUUUUUUUUUGAAGUAAACCCACCUGGCUUGACUACGGAGUAGAUUGAAAGGGUAAAAGAAAAGGUGUAACUUACUUGGGAAUACACUGGUAAACCAUCAUUAUUCAUCAAUUUGGGUACCGUAUGGGUAUAUUUUUCAGUGUAAGUAAUUCUGCGGAUAUGCGCGUACAGUACCAUGUACCGUACGCCUGCAUCAGAUCUUGAGGACGCGGCAGUCAAGAGAUAGAAAUAACUGAAACUCGAGCAAAUUCUUCCGGAAAAAAUGCAUUCUCAUUAAACGAAAGUACUAUUAGGUAUAUAUCAAACCAUGAGUCCUGGCAAGAACAAUAAGUAAAGCCGAUGUAGGAAGAUGUAAACGAAAUGAGUAGGGGGGAAUUAAAAAAUAAAUUGAAGCAAAAAAAGAAGAAAACG